CUCUCCAGGUAAAGAACAUGUUGGAAGGUUCGUGGAAGCGUUAGAGGUGAAGGGUCGCCUCUGUGGAGGGCAGUCGCCGCUUCAAGUAAACGUGUCCUCAGCCCUUAUUGGAUGGGCCCAAGACUGGUCCGACCAAACUAAGCCUAACGGGGAAAACGCCGGGCUGCGACUUUCAAAGGUGUCCUCUUCUACAAGAACUCCAACCACUCUCCUCCGCUAACUUCUUCUUUGAUUUUUUUCUUCCUCUCCCUGUUAAGUCCAUCUGAUCAACUCGAUCCAUUAAUAUUCUCCCCCCCUUUCUCUCUUUGUUCACUCGCUCUGAUUCAGGGUUUUUGAGCAGUCUCCUUCACAUUCAUCCGUUAGAUCUUCCUCUAACCUCUUGACGAAAUGCGUUUCGAUACCAGAGUUGCUUUUGGGCUUUUCUCUGUUGCUCUUGUGGGCUUCGGAAACGUCGUUCUUGCGGACGAGAUUGAUGACGCUCUCGGAGACGCCGCUACUCCCUCUGUGGCUUCCUCUUCCGCUACGACUGCUGCGAUUGAUAAGCCCACGUUUUCUGUGAGUAUUUCUUUGCCCGUUGUCGUUGCGACGACGCUCGAUCUGAUUAUGUCAUUUAUCGUCACAAUAGCCUCUAGCUAUCAACGCGCCCUUCUACGAGCAAUUUACCCCUGGCUGGGAUUCAAGGUGGAAAGUCAGUCACGCUAAAAAGGAGAAUGACAAGACUGGCGAUGAAGAGUGGACAUACGUCGGCCAGUGGGCUGUCGAGGAACCUACGGUAUUGAAGGGAAUUGAGGGUGAUGAUGGACUUGGUAUGCGUAUUGCAACUGCUUCUCCGGGAAAGGUUUUCUAAUGGUUUUCAAUAGUUGUCAAGAAUAUUGCCGCCCAUCACGCUAUUUCUGCCAAGUUCGAUAAGCCCAUCGACAACAAGGGUAAAGCCUUGGUUGUUCAAUACGAGGUUAAGCUUCAGGGUUUGUGUUUAUCCAAUUUUUACUCACGCUGUCGCUUUCGCUGACGUUUAGCUGUUGGACAGAGGGUUUGGAGUGUGGUGGAGCUUAUCUCAAGCUUCUCAAGGAAAAUGCUGACCUCCAUGCGGAGGAAUUUUCCAACGCCUCUCCUUAUGUUAUCAUGUUUGGUCCCGAUAAGUGUGGUGCUACCAACAAGGUUCGUCUUUCUAUGAGCACGAGUAGUUGCUCUGCAGCCAUUCUGAUCACCGUAUUAGGUUCACUUCAUCUUCAAGCACAAGAACCCCAAGACUGGCGAGUACGAGGAGAAACACCUCAAGAGCCCCCCUAUGGCUCGCAUCUCUAAGCAAUCCACUCUAUACACUUUGAUUGUCAACCCCGAUCAAACCUAUGUUAUCAAGAUGGACGGUAGCCAAGUCAAGGAUGGUUCUCUGUUUGAGGACUUUGCACCCUCGGUCAACCCCGAAAAGGAGAUUGACGACCCGGAGGACAAGAAGCCUGAGGAUUGGGUCGAGAAAGCCAGGAUCCCUGAUCCGAAGGCCAAAAAGCCCGAGGAUUGGGAUGAAGAUGCAUCAUACGAGAUUGUCGAUGAGGAGGCUACAAAACCUGAGGACUGGUUGGAGGAUGAGCCGGAAUUUGUCCCCGAUCCCGAGGCUGUUAAGCCAGAGGACUGGGAGGAUGAGGAAGAUGGUGAUUGGCUUCCCCCCACCGUCCCGAACCCCAAGUGUGAGGACGCGAGCGGAUGCGGCAAAUGGUCCAAGCCCAUGAAGCCAAAUCCCGCAUACAAGGGCAAGUGGUCCGCACCGAUGGUUGACAACCCGGACUACAAGGGCCCUUGGGCGCCUCGUAAGAUUCCUAACCCGGAUUACUUUGAAGACAAGACACCAUCAAACUUUGAGCCCAUGGGUGCUAUCGGUUUCGAACUCUGGACCAUGACCAAGGAUAUUCUCUUUGACAACAUCUACAUUGGUCACUCGAUCCAGGAUGCCGAGAAGCUCCAGAAGGAGACUUUUGAUAUCAAGAAGAAGUUUGAGCAAGAGGAGGAUGCUGCAUCGGCCCCCAAGAUUCCCGAAGCCCCCAAGGCUCCCGGCGAGACUACCUUCAGGGAGAAUCCUGUUACUUUCGUCAAGGAUAACCUUCAGAUCUUCUUCGCCGCGGCUCAAAAGGAUCCCGUCUUUGCUGUCAAGGAGUUCCCGGUUGUUGCCGGCGGUCUCAGCCUGGUCUUGUCCAUUUUCAUCGCAAUUUUCUUCAGUCUGAUCUUCUCAGGAUCAUCACCGGCACCUGCUCCCAAGGCUGCUGCUGCUGCUGCUGCUGAUGGGAAGGGCAAAGCGGAGGCUACUUCUGAAGGUUCCUCCACUGAGAGUGAGAAGCCCAAGGCUACCAGGCGAACGUCGAAAAAGGCGGAAUAAAUCCGGCCCUGUAAAUUGCUCUAAUUCUUUGCGUGGGGAAUCGUGGGGGAUUAUCAGGCGGAUGUAUUCUUUUUAUUUUUAUUUUUACUUUCCCGCCCUUCUUAUUUUGUCGCUACGAUUUACGGGAGAGAGUGUGUGUGUGGUGGUUGCUGGGGAGGGUUUUCUUUUUUUUCUAAUUCCUUGUUCUGGAUCAUUGAGGGUUUACAGUUAUGGUUUCUUGUCUCUUCCUUGUCGAUGGGAUGUUUAUUUUCCAAUUGGCCUUGUAGCUUUAGUUUUUCCGCAAGUUCGAAUCAAAAGUGAUGCAAUCAUGUUUUCAGAU